AUGAGCUUCGGGUACACCUGUGACCAGGUGAUCAUUGAGUUGAUGAAGCUCAUGAAUUCUAAUGAAAGCAGCAACAAGAAGAUGUCAAAAGAACUCUUCUCACCACCUCUUUGCAGACUGGUUGUGUACCCACCUCCUCCAGCCAAAGGGGGUAUAACCAUCACAGAGGAGGACCUCAGCUGUCUUGAGGAAGGAGAAUUCCUAAAUGAUGUGAUAAUAGACUUCUAUCUAAGGUAUUUGGUCUGUGAGGAGCUGGAAAAGGAGCAUGCCUCCAAGUACCACGUGUUCAGCUCUUUCUUCUUCAAGUGCCUCACUCAAAAAGAUCAUAGCAGGCUUCCAGGAACUACACGUUUAUCCAUUCAAGAGCACCGGCACAGUCGAGUGAAAACAUGGACCAGGAUGAUCAACCUUUUUGACAAGGACUUUAUAUUUGUCCCGAUGAAUCAGAUAUGAGUCUCUUAACAGAGCUGCACGUCCUGCAUCCCUGGUGAGCUUUUAAUAAAAAUGUUCUUGCAGACUUUCAGGGUGUGUAGGUUAUAGGUAAAAUAAAGAGCAUGUCUUAAUAAGAGCCCCUCCUGUGUGAUGUGUCCUCAGGGCUCACUGGUACCUGGCUGUCAUCUGUUUUCUUUGCAAGAUUUCACAGGCCAGUGGUUUGGAUCUUCGCCUCAGUGGGCGAAGGUAUUCAGUGGAGUAUCUCUGCGAUCAGUCUCCACCCAAUCCCAUGUCCCUCUUCUGCUCUCCAGAAUGCUCAAAGCAGCUCUCCAGAUGGAGUCAAUCCAUAGGUAAUUUAGAAAACCAAUGUGGUGCCAGAGAAAAAUGGCGGUGUAGAUAAAAGACAAAAUAUGUUAGAUUAAAUAUUUUGCUUCUUUUUGAAUAAGAGAACAUGGAAAUACAAA